AGAAACCAACAUGAUAUGUAAUUUGGUUUUAUUUAAUUUAUUUCCGGUUUAAUGUCUUGUUAACCGGUUAAGUGAUUUAGGUUUUCAAUUUGUCUCUUUAUAGCCUUACAAGUUUAACCAAUCAAAAAGAACAAUUUUCUCAAACGAGCCCAGGAUCUUCGAGCUGAUAAUUCUAUUUUCUCAAUUCAUCUUCUAAGACUUGUGGUUUCUCCUUCCUUGGAGUUCACAGAGAAUUGGGAUUUAUCCUCCCUUGUCCGGUUUCUAUGUGGCCUUCCACAUCACCUAGAUUCACCAUCACCACACCUUAUCCACACCCACGCGCCGCCUCUUCUUUCUUACAGGUGAAAGCUUUCCAACGCGGCGACUUUGACCGUUUGGCUGAUAACGUUAAGUCAGGUAAAGCAUGGAGAGACGCGUGGAGAAGCGCUAACGAUGGAUUCGAGCAAUUCGUUUUUGAGGCUAAGAAAACCGCUGAGCGAAUUGAUCGCCAAUACGCUGUUUCUCGCCGCUUUAGCUCCGCUGCUAGCUCAGCCGCUGACCGUGCUCGUGAGAUUGAUCGUGAGUUUGGGAUUACUCCUCGUGUUAGGACUGUCUCUGCCGAUUUCAGUAGAAAUUUCCCUAAGUACAGGAAGCAAUUCAGUGCAUUCUUGAAUACACCGCUUGGUGGAAGUUUUGCUACUAUUUUCUUCCUUUGGUUUGCUCUCUCUGGAUGGCUGUUCCGAGUUAUAAUAAUCGCCACUUGGGUUCUUCCAAUUGCUGGCCCUCUUCUCAUUGGUGCAGUCGCCAACAACUUUGUCAUCAAGGGAGAAUGCCCAGCAUGUAAGAGGCAGUUUAUAGGGUACAAGAACCAAAUCAUCAGAUGUGAGGGAUGUGGGAACAUAGUGUGGCAACCACAAGGCGAUUUCUUCUCAAAAGAUGGCAACAACAACAACAACAAUAAUAAUAGCAAGGGAAACUCUAAAAAGCCACCUAAGUCCCAAAUCAUUGAUGUCGAUUUUGAGGAGAAAUGAUUAUUAGAGACGAGAAUGAAGCAGAAGGCUCUAUUGGUGCACUAAUAUUCAAGUGAAGAUAAAAAUAUGUGUUUAUAGCUGAAUCGUUUACUGUUUUUGUCUGUUUUGAGCUGUAGCAAUCGUGUUGCUUGUUGUGUACAUGAUAAGGUUUCUUUGUAGACGAACAAAUCUAGUUUCCACAAGCCUAGAGACUUGAUUGAAACUCUGAAAGUUCUUACAUGUUAGACAAAUCAUAUUAUGAAAACAAUUUACAUCUCCAUUAUUUAUUUGUUUUAACAUGUUCUAAAAGUAACCAC